CCGGUAUGGCAGUAACUGCUUUUGCUGUUUGCAGUAUGUGGAAAUUUCCAUAGUUUCCAAACUUGGCGCAUCAGUAGAACUUAGUGCAUCAAUAUGUGGUCCUUGCAAUUUUCAGUGCCUAUAAAAAGUAUUCACCCCCCUAGGAAAUUUUCCAUUUUCAUUGCUUUUCAAUAAUAAAUCAUGAUCAAUAUAGUAAAUGCUUUUUUGACAAGGAUUUGCAACAGAGACACUUUUAUGUCAAUGUGGAAACAGAUUUCUACAAAAAAAUACAGAACAAAAAAUACGUGUUGCUUAUGUAUUCAGCCCCUUUAAGUCAGUAUUUAGUAGAUUACAGUAUUGAGCUUGUGGGGAUUGAUCAGCCUUGCACAUCUGGACAAUGCAACUUUACCCUGUUCCUCUUUGCAAAACUGCUAAAGCUCUGGCAGGUUACACAGGCAUCAUGAACAGUCCUUUUCAAAUCCAACCAUAAAUUUGAAUGUGAUCUAACUUGGCCAUGUCGGAACAUUUAACUGCUUGUUUUUAAACCAUGUUUGUGUAGCUUUGGCUGCGUGUUUUCAGUCACUGUCUUGCUAGAAAACAACUCUUCUUAUUGGUUGCAGUUUGCUUGCGGCCUGCAUCAGGUUGUCCUCCAGCAUUUCCUUAUAUUUUGCUGCAUUCAGGUUAUCCUCUACUUUACAAGCCUUCCAGGGCCUGAUGCAGAGAAGUGUCCCCAUUCAUGAUGCUGCCACCACCAUGCUUCAUGAUGGGGAUUGUGUGUUUGUGAUGAUAUGCAGCAUUUGGUGUCCAUCCAACAUAGCGUUUUCCCAAAUGGCCAAAAAACUAUAUUUUUGUCUCAUCAGCCGAAAGAACCUUCUUCCAGAGGACUUCAGUCUUGCAUAUGAUUUCUGGCAAAACCAGAGGACUUCAGUCUUGCAUAUGAUUUCUAGCAAAAGGGAGGCUUUUUCCCAAAUGUGGCUUUCUCUUUAAGUUUUGACUUUUGAAGAACCCGUGUAGUAGUUGGUGUAUGUAACUCCUUCAAAGAAUCCAUGUGUGUCUCAGUGGGUUCCAUUCUGAGUCUCUCCCUGCAUGGUUACUUAGUUUUUUUGUAGAUAUAUUCCUUCCAUUUCUUAUUGAUGUGUUUCAGUGUAUUGCAAAAGUAUAUUCAAUCAUUUUAAAAUGUAUCUUUAUCUAUCCAUCUCCUGAUUUAUGCUUUUCAGUAACAUUUUCACAGAGUUGCUUCAUGGCGUAGUUAUAGCCAGUAAUCCAGACCUUUCAAAUAUAUAUUAGUCACUUGAGACACAUUCCCUGCAUCCAGAUAAUCUCCAUUUCACUAUUUGUUUGACUUCUAGCACCAACUGGCUGUGCCUGUGUUGAAUUAGGUCACUUUUAAAGGAUUGAACACUUAUACACUUACUUUUUAAAAAAUAAUUAGCAUUAUUUUUUGUAGGAAUCUGUUUUCACCAUGUUAAUUUCUAUAGGUACUGUAUCUGCCUCAAACAUGAAACAUUAAGAAAUGAUAUGUUGCUUAAAGUAGUUUUGCAUUAGAUAUAUGUGUCAAAAUGGUUGAAAAAUAAAAGUCUUUGCUGAAAUACUUUCUGCUAGGUGCCCAUUGUUUUUUGCAUUGUAUUAUCUAACUGAAAAAGCUUCAAAAUGAAGAUAUUGAAAUUAACAGUGUAUCAAUAGAAAGGUUCUGAUCCUAGCAAUUUAAAGAUAACUUAGGACUUCAUAGAUUCUUACUUAUUAAAAGCAAACGUAGACCUUUAAACAGUGAAUUGUGUUUGUAUUAAGUCGGAUGGUAUCCUACAGUAAAUUUAAUUAUUUACUAGUAAAUAUUGGCUGCUGUGAUCAGAGGAAAAAGGGACAAAGCUUUGGGAUUUUGUUAACAUGUUACCCCAGUGUGACCUGCUGUACCCCUAAUGUGUUUAUACCCGCUCGACUAGGCAGAAAAAAAUAUUUCAGGUCAGAGGGGAAAAGUUAAGUUUCUCUUGGUCAAAAAAUGAGCUAGUUCUGGGCUUAGAUUUACUUCUGUUUCCACCCUUGUAGAACAAUACUCCAAUAAACAUUCCAUGUGAAGCUUUCAUGAUAAACUCAUAACAAGCACAAUUAUCACACAGAGGCAUUUAAAGAUAUUUAGAAUGGGAUGGUGUGGAGCUGGUAACCAGCAGUUGGUCGCCACACUAAUCCAUUGUGACAGAUCUCUUGUAAAUGGAAUAAAUAAUGUGUCAAGUGCAUGAGAACUUAAUUACAUUCAGCGAGAAGCAGCAGAGUAUGAAAUCGGACAUGAUGACCCAUUGAUUAGUUCGCUAUAGUAGAAAACUAUUGAUUGAACAAGGCCAGUGUGGAUAACUGACAGGUAUUGAUGAUUUCUUCAUUUGUAUAUAUGGAACAAACAGACUCGAACAAUUGAGUGCCUACAUAUCUGAAGCAUGUAGUCUGGACUUCCAAAGCAUGUAUUUGGAAUCGGCACGGCUUUUUAAGCUCAUGUCUAAUGCACACACCCAAAUGUACCACCAAACCCGUGUUGUUUGAAAGAAUGACAGAUUGCUGUGUGGAAAAGUUAAGAAAAUCCUAAAUUAUGUCACCAUAUACUUUAAAAAUACACAGAUAUGAGCUCUGACCUGCAAAGUUUGAAGUCAAUAUCUGUGUUAGAACUGGUUACAACCCCAUCAUUAUGAGGCCAUGAUCUAAAUGCACUGGUGAAGCUGUUGGUAUUGACUUCCUCUGGUCAGAGUAGUGUUGGCAACCUUCCCUCAGCAGCUCAGUUGUUCCCUCUUUGUUUCUGGCAACACUGCAACAGAGGCGGGUCACAAAAGUUUAGGUGAUGUGCAGGGAUUCGUCUAGGGCAAUAACGAUUUUUAAAACUUUUUGGUGACCGUGCCAGGACUGCAUGACCCGAGGAGAUUUAAGUCACCAUCGGCAGUCUGUCCAUGCCGCUGCAAGUCAUAAUGGCAGAGUGAAGAUGGGGGACUGGAACUUCCUUGGGGGGAUUUUGGAGGAGGUGCAUAUCCAUUCCACUAUGGUAGGCAAAAUCUGGCUCACCAUCCUGUUCAUCUUCCGGAUGCUGGUCCUCGGCGUGGCGGCUGAGGAUGUGUGGAAUGACGAGCAGGCUGACUUCAUAUGCAACACUGAGCAGCCUGGAUGCAGAAAUGUGUGCUAUGACCUGGCUUUCCCAAUCUCUCUGAUCCGCUACUGGGUGCUGCAGGUCAUUUUUGUGUCCUCGCCUUCGUUAGUUUACAUGGGCCACGCUCUCUAUCGGCUCCGAGCUCUGGAGAAAGCACGGCAGAAAAAAAAAGCUCUGCUGCGAAGAGAGCUGGAGUUGGUGGAUGUGGAGCUGGCGGAGGCCAGAAAGAGGAUUGAGCGGGAAAUGAAACAGCUCGACCAAGGAAAGCUUAACAAAGCUCCACUGAGGGGCUCUCUGCUACGUACUUAUGUGGCUCACAUUGUCACCCGCUCUGUUGUUGAAGUGGUCUUCAUGACAGGUCAGUAUGUCCUUUAUGGUUUUCACCUCUAUCCGCUCUUCAAAUGUGAGCGGGAUCCUUGUCCGAAUGCUGUGGACUGUUAUGUUUCCAGACCAACAGAAAAAAGUGUCUUCAUGGUGUUCAUGCAGUGCAUCGCUGCAAUCUCCCUCUUCCUAAACAUCUUGGAGAUCUUGCAUCUGGGCUACAAAAAGAUUAGAAAGGGCAUACUGGACUUCUACCCUCACUUGAGGGAUGAAAGGGAUGAACUUGAUGACUACUAUGCCAACAAGUGCAAAAAAGAAUCUGUUGUGCAAAUAUGCACCAGUGCAACCCGAAAGUCAACUAUUACCUCCACACCCACUGACUACAACCUUUUGAUGGACAGGGUGCAGGCCACAGUUACGUACCCGAACCUUAUCAAACCUUCAACUUUUCUGCCUCAUCCAAGCCAACAGGACUUAGAUGAUUCCAGGUGCUCAGCUCAAAGCCCCCCAGAGUAUAACUGCACCUCGACCACCAAUGAGCUCUGCUCACCAUGCUGUGAUCCCCUAAAUAAUCAAAAAAAGGAGGCAGAAGACUUUUUGAAUCUUCCUCAGCAUGGUAAAGAGGAUGACAGCAGUGAAAUAGGAAGUCCAGAGUCUCCUAAAUGCCCACAGAAGGCAGCUCAUGCUUCCUCCUUCCCCACACUGCCAGUUAGUGCAUCAAGGAGGCCAUUUAGGACUCAUGGCUCUUUCAAAUGCUCCACAGUGCUGGAGGGCAAGAGCUCUGAUACAGAUUCAUAUGGAGGUGCAAAAUCCUGCAAUCGACCUCCCUGCACUCGAACACAGUCAAAACCGAUUGUCCCACAUCAAAGCCGGCCCUCCACCCCAGAGUCACUGGAUGACUCCAGCUCAGGAUCCACACACAACCCAAGACCACCUUCUUCCAACUGCAAAAUAUCGAUGGCAAGUAACGGUAGCAGCAGAGCCCCAGAUCUGCAAAUCUAAACAUUAACUGUUUCAUAUUGACCCAGAAAUUUGGAGGUGUACUGAUAUGAUUUAUCUUUUUACAAAGAACUUCUGGGUUUAACUACAUUACUACAAUUGUUGGACUGGUGAUAGUUUGCCAAUAUUUCUGUUGUGUGUUUUUUGUCCUACAACAGUUUAUGUGGCAUGUCAUAAACAAGAAACAAAUCAAUUAACAUUAUGUACAGCUUUUGGUGAUAUGUUAGAAUAAAAAAAAAAAAAAACACCAAUUGACUUUUAAUAAUGUAUUUUAAAUCUGUUUUCCCAAGUACUCUUAGAAUAAACCACUGCUCUCUAUUAUGAAUAACUGCUUGUCUGUCUGCCAAAUUAGCAUGAAAUACAUGUAACUGCAAUUAAUGUAUAUGCUGUAUUUUACAUCUGAUUGCUUAAUUCAAGUUUAGGUCUGCCUGCAAUGGGCCAAAUAUACGAGUUGUUACUGGAUGUGUUUUGGCAACAUUAUUCCAGUCAUCGACGUUUGCUGUGUAGGCUUUUGGCUGGUUUCCUGAGUGCAGAUUUCCUUGUGAUAACCGUGACAUUGAAAAGAACAGUUGGCAAAAAGAUAGAUAUUAUUCAACAAGCUUAUGCAACCCGUGUGUCCCAUAGAGUGGUGCUAAACAAAGUAACAUAGAUAUUUUUUGAGUGAAGCUUCUUUUGUCUGAAGUUUGCCAUUUUAUUUAAUCUCAGUGGUUGACAGCAUGGUGGCUGCAUUUCAGUCUCCAACCAGAACUACGGCCUUGUAAUCACGUCUCCAUCAACCAGCUAAGUGGCAGUUUAUAUCCAUAUCUGUCCAGGCUCGCAUGUAGUGAAGACUUUGACGUGUAUAAGUAAAAAAGUUUGUGUUCAUGUGCUUGGCCAAUAAAACUGAUUCUGAUAGAACACAAAGUUGUAGCCAUUACAGUCGGGAAUGCUUCAAAUAUGAAUGCUGCAACAGAAAUGCAACAAAUUCUGAAACGUAUACGCUUCAGAAAACAUUUUCAACAUGGCAGCACAGAGGAGCUUUACAAUGAGCACAGUUUUAAGGUAACCACUCAGGAUUUGUCACCAAUUCAGCAUCUCACCAAAUGGAAGUUCUGGUGUUCAGCCAGAGAAGUGUGCUUGUGAAACAACGUAAACCACAGUGAAGACCUUUUGAAAAUAAAGUGUCAUGACUUUAUUUUAUCUGAUACAUUCAUCUGAAUUUUGCCAUUGUUAACAGACGAAUUCUUGAGCUACAGAAAAACGUAAUUUGUGAGGUCACGGUGACCCUUGGCUACAAAAAUGCACUACCGUUCAAAAAUUUGGAGUCACUUAGAAAUGUCCUUUUUCUGGACAGAAAAGCAUUUUUUUCAGUGAAGAUAACAUUAAAUGAAUCAGAAAUACAGUCUAAACAUUGUUAAUGUGGUAAAUGACUAUUCUAGCUGGAAACAGCUGAUUUUUAAUGGAAUAUCUCCAUAGGGGUACAGAGGAACAUUUCCAGCAACCAUCACUCCUGUGUUCUAAUGCUACAUUGUGUUAGCUAAUGGUGUUGAAAGGCUAAUUGAUGACUAGAAAACCCCUGUGCAAUUAUGUCAGCAUGUGAAUAAAGGUGUGAGUUUUCAUGGAGAAUAUCAAAGUGUCUGGGUGACCCCAAACUUUUGAACGAUAGUGUAUAUUAAGUGAACAUUAGUGCCAAAUUUGAAAAAAAAAUUCUCAACACGUUUCAGAGAUAUUGCAUUCACAAGAAUUGGACAGACAACUGGAAAACAUGAUGACACUGGCCCCAGCUGUUGUCAACAUGGAGGUGUAAUAACAAAAGUGUUCUGUCUCAGCAUAACUAUUACACACCCUUAUGAGAUCCCUGUGCAUAUCAGCAAACAGUUAACACAUCAGUCUUGUCCCACCAACUACAAUACUGUUGUUUUCUGUGCUCUUUACAGUUGUCCCUGAUGAGAUGAAUGAAAAUCAAUACAUUUGGUAGAAAACAAAAAUCCCUUUGGUCCCCAAGG